AUGUUCAUUGAAUAUUUCUAAAUUCUAAUAGUUCUUUAAACCUAACCGAAAUUCAAAUAAUCUCUGUCGACACAGUUUUGUACAAUACUAUAUUAUAAAUAUAAAUAUAAAUGUUACUAUAAAUAUAUUAUAAAUGUUACCGACACAUAAGGAAAAUCUUUAUAAAUAAAAGAGUUAUUUACUGUUUCUAUCCUUAUAGUUUGUCAAAAAUUACUAUUUCAGUCUAAUAGUUUAAAAGUUAUGAUUUCAGUCCCUAUAGUUUCACUUUUGUAACUAUUUCAGUACACCUCGUAACAAUUUCAAUCCAUGUACUUAAUAGAAUAAUGGAUUGAAAUAGUUACAAAGUGAAAACGCAUGGACUGAACUAGUUACGAAAGUGUAACCACAGAUACUUAAAUCGCAAUUUUUAAACUAAUGGACCGAAAUAAUGAUUUUUAACAAACCACAUAGACCAAAACCGUAAUUAAAUCUAAAUAAAAAAAAGUUACAAUGUAUUAAAUAAUAAUAAUUAUUAGGAGCGUUGAAUAAUAAAUAAUUUGGUAUGUUGAUAAAUAGAGCAAGCAUUUGUAGAAGAAAAGAAAUCAGUGAAGAAACAGAAAAUGUCGACGAUCAGCGUUCCGGCACAUGAUAUCUCCGUCUCCGAUGACGUCGAACAGCUCCGUAAAGCCUUCUCAGGAUGGGGAACAAAUGAGGGUUUGAUCAUUUCGAUUUUAUCCCACCGAAAUGCUGCACAACGCAAGCAAAUUCGCGAAACUUAUACUUCAACAUACAACGAGGAUCUCCUUAAAUCGCUCGAUAAGGAGCUCUCGAAUGAUUUUGAGCGGCUUGUUCGUCUUUGGACACUUGAUCCAUCUGAACGCGAUGCGUAUUUGGCUAACGAAGCUACAAAAAGAUGGACCAAAAGCAAUCAAGUUCUUGUGGAAAUUGCUUGCACGAGAUCCGCACAUGAUUUGCUUCUUGCAAAACAAGCGUAUCAUGCUUGCUUUAAGAAAUCCAUCGAAGAAGAUGUUGCGUAUCACACAACCGGAGACUUCAGGAAGUUGUUGUUGCCGUUAGUGGGAACUUACCGUUAUGAAGGAAGUGAAGUGAACAUGACUCUUGCAAAGACUGAAGCUAAGAUACUCCAUGAGAAAAUAACUGAUAAAUGUUACAAUGAUGAUGAUCUUAUCAGAAUCCUUGCUACUAGGAGCAAAGUACAGAUCAAUGCAACCCUGAAUCAAUACAAAAACCAGUUUGGAAAAGAUAUCAAUAAGGAUUUGAAGGAAGAUACAAAGGAUGAGUACCUUUCAUUGCUAAGAGCAACCAUAAAGUGCUUAACAUACCCUGAGAAGUACUUCGAGAAGGUAUUAAGGUUAGCAAUUAACAAAACAGGAACCGACGAGGGUGCACUCACACGCGUAGUUGCAACACGCGCUGAAGUUGACAUGAAAACCAUAAAAGAAGAAUAUCAGAGGAGGAACAGUGUCCCUCUAGAUAAGGCCAUUGCUAAGGACACUAGAGGAGAUUAUGAAGACAUGCUUUUGGCUCUCAUUGGAUGUGGAGAUGCUUAGAAGUGAGGUUCUGAACAUGCGCAAUGGUGAUCGGUAUGAGGUUGUUUGUGAUUUGUGUUGAGAUCGUUGUGGAGACUAGUGUCGGGUGUUUUUUUUUUCGUGCUUUAUGUGAACUUUUGAACUAAUAAACUCGAUCAUCGUCUUUGUGUAUCGAGUAUGUGUGCCCAUAUAUAAUAUAUGAUAAUUUUGUUUGAAUUGGCAACCA